AAUUUCUCUGUCAAAAAAACUCGCCACAAUGCGAUUUCGCAUUCUGCAGACAUUGUCAAUUUCCGCGUUCGCAAUCAUCGGAGUACAUGGCAUCGAUAAUACAUGCAAUGACAAUUUGGCUUUAUACUGGGGUCAAAACUCGUACGGUGCGGCCAAUGCAGGUGAUCCAAGCGGUUGGCAGAAAACACUUCGAUACUACUGCGAAGACGACAUCAUCGAUGUGAUUCCUGUAGCGUUUUUAACCACCUUCUUCUCCAGAGGAGGACAGCCUGACAUUAAUUUGGCCAAUAUUUGUAACCCUACCGACAAUUCGACAUUUGCCGGUACCGGUCUCGCCAACUGCUCCAGUCUGGCCAGCGAUAUCAAGUACUGUCAAAGCAAAGGCAAAGCCAUCACACUGUCCCUGGGUGGAGCAACAGGGGGCAUUGGAUUCAGCUCGGACGCCCAAGCUACGCAAUUUGCAGAUACGCUUUGGAACGAGUUCCUGGGCGGAAGCUCCGAUAUCCGGCCUUUUGGUGAUGCGAUUUUUGAUGGUAUUGACUUGGAUAUUGAAGGUGGCGGCGCUGCUCAUUAUGAUGCCUUUCUUCACAAGCUGCAAGGCUAUUUCAAGCAAAGUGACAAGCGGUAUUAUCUGACUGCGGCGCCUCAAUGCGUUUAUCCUGAUGCCAAUCUUCAAGCGACCAUCAAUGCUGUAGCUUUUGAUGCAAUCUAUGUGCAAUUUUAUAACAAUCCCUGUGGGCUACAGACGUACGAUACUACGAACUGGAAUUUUGGCGUGUGGGACUAUUGGGCAAGGCACAUUGCGCCCAAUAAAGACGUUAAAAUCUAUGUUGGCGCUCCGGCCAGUGCCAGUGCAGCCGGUGGCGGUUACGUUCCUCUGCAAAAACUGAGCGAAAUAGCGACGGCCAUGCAAAAGAAUUUCCCCAGUUUCGGCGGAGUGAUGUUCUGGGACGCAUCUCAAGCUUACGCGAAUGGCCGCAUCGACCGAGGUAUCAAACAGGCAAUGCAAGCCGGCCAACGAUGUGGAAACCAACCAUUCCAGUACCCCGCUUGCUCGGUGCCAACGUUUCAAUCAGGCAAAGGGUAUUCUGGCGGUGAUCGGGUCGCUUUCGAAGGAUACAUAUGGCAAGCCAAAUGGUCUGCGUACAAUACCCCGAGUGGCGAUCCCAAUAGCGAAUGGAGCCCCGUGAGUGCAUGUAACGGACAAGGUACCAGCUCUGGAUCGCCUACGGCGUCUAGUCAACCUCCGCAAGCGACCAAUAGCCCGCCUGCGAAUGACGCGACGACAUGCACAGGUGUGCCAGAAUGGUCCAGCAGCCAAGUGUAUGUGGGCGGUAAAAAGGUGACGUACCACGGAUCGUUGUACAGCGCCAAAUGGUGGACACUGAAUGAGGUGCCGACCCAAAAAGAAGGACCUUGGCAGAAAGUUGGUCCCUGUGAUGGUGUCUCUGGCCAAGAAGACAGCUCGUCGCCUUCCGACCAACCUGUGGCCAAGUUACAAACUAUCUCUGUGAACCGUAUCAUGGUGAAAGAAGACAAAGUUUGCAGCAAUGCCACCUUGUGGCAAGUAGGAAAAUCGUAUGCAGCCGGAAGCAAAGCAAUUGUGAAAAAUCGUGUCUAUACAGCUUCGUGGUGGAACAUUAAUCAAGCGCCUACGAACAACAAGAAUGUCUGGAAACACGACAAAACGUGCAGCGAGCAAGUGACCAGGAAUCAACUGGGGGAGGCGCUGUUGCAUCACUACGGUUGUUUGCACCCAUGGUCGGCUGAUGCUAUCUAUCAUGAACAUAGUUUCGCAGCCCACGAUGGACAGUUGUACCAAGCUCUCAAGGCAUCGAUAGCACAAGUUCCUGACGCCGAUUCCAACGUGUGGAAGAAAGUAACCACUUGUGCGAAUACAUCCAAUCACAGUGCGUUGGCUGCUCAUCUUCUCAAUUAGCCGAGAAAUCGGUUUCCUCGCAUCGGCUCCU